AUGCAUGUCAUGUUGUGCUUUCAGAUGCGACUUCUGAUCAGAGAACAAUGUCUUUCUCCGCCGUGCUUGCGCCACAGGAGUGUCGGCGCGGCCACCGGCGGCUGCGGCAGGAAGCGGUUGUGCCCUCAGCCUCUCCUCGCCAGCAGCAAGCCCGACGUGAAGGACACGACCAAUAUCAUCUCCGAGAUGAAGGAGUGGACCAAGGUCGUAACCUUCGACACCUACAGCAGCAGGAACACCAAGUACAUUGUGAGCGAGGGGACGAGCCUCCCCGAGGUUUUGUUCGACUUCUGGAAGGCGGUGUCGGGAGCCAUCGACCAGCACCGCGCCACGCCCGAGAACCGCUCCUUCCGCAAGGUCCUGAUGUUCGUGGCCCCCUUCUGCGAGGAGCUGAGGGACUACGAGACGAUGGAGCACACGCACCAGCUGCUUCAGCAGAGCGCGUGCGACGGAGGCUGCCAGGACUUCGGCACAUACAUCACGCACUCACAUUUCCACCCGAACUACCGGCAUCGCCCCAAGCCGAAGCAGUCGCGCAUGGCCUCCAGACACUCUCCCCACCCGGCCUUCAGCAUCGACGUCGUCUAUAGGAAGGGAGGCUUGAAGAGCCUCGCGUCGAUCCGGGGUUCGUCCGAGGAGGCCGAGGCUCGGCAGGGGACGCGGGUCAAGUCAACCCCUGCUCGGACCGCCCCCCUGAGGGCAGACGCCUCCCCGGAGGACCGCAAGAAGAGCGAGAUCGCGCGGAAGAUACGGCGGGAGGAGUGGGCCGCCAAGACGAGGUCCUCCCUGGAGCACGCGUACGGCAUGGCGGCGUCGUACGGCAGGGAAGAGGCGGAACAAGGGGCCGGGAGUUCGAUGUGGGCUCACCAGCAUGUUCUUGCGGGGAGGAGGGUCCCGGAGAGUAGCGUAGAAAUAUUGCAAGCCACACAGGUGGGGAGACGAGCGCGCUGUCUUUUUUCGAUUGUUUGAAUGGCUUUGUCGUGUUGGUUGCUGUGUAUGGAUGCCGUCGCGGAACGAGUGGAGGUGUAGCGGUGGGAGUAUUGCCGUGCUGCGGUGCUGUUUGUGCUUGGCUGUUGUUGUCGUUGCCGUUUUCGAUGUCUUGGUAAUGUGGCGUUGGUUGGUGUGCUGAGGUUCGUCUACGGAUGGCUAGCGGGGAGAAGGGUGCCGGUGUUGUUGGCGUGUGCGACGGAACCGCUCGUUGGCCGGAGAUACAACAUGGCCCAGUGCGUGAUUGAUUCAUCAUGACGGCGUCAAAAGCGUCAGUUGACAGCCCUUCGUGGUUGUUUUCAGGAGUGGCUGACGG